AUGCAUUUGAUGGAUGAUUUCAACUUAGAGAAACCUUUCUAUAAAACAUCAGCCUUUCACGAGGGAGUGAACUUUAUCACCAGCGGUGGUGAAGUACUCUGUUUGGUAGGCCGAUGGGGAUCUGGGAAAAGGUUAACAGCUAAACAAGUAUACGUGGCUGUCACGAAUUCAUCACCGAUAAUGAUCAGCAAUCCUCUUACAUUUGACGUUAAAGAACAUCAUGAACCUAUCAUCGUGGACAUGUCGCUUUCUAUAGGAAUAUCUAAGUCAGAAAAGGAAGACCUAGCAGAUAAAAGUCACAUGUUAUUUGAAAAUAUGUCCUCUUCAAACACAUAUACAAAAGCUUUCAUAAUCUUUCUUAUUGAUAAAGAUCGGGAAAGUAUCACUAAAUUUGUCAAAUCCCUUGGGAAAAAAACAAAAUUUAUAGAUAUGUCAAAGAGUCUUACAAAAGGAGAUCGGACUCAAAUCUUAUCUUCACAGCUUCUUAUUUUCUGUCCGAAAAUUGGCUUCAGUCAAGUUGAACAGCUAGCAUUAAAAGGCAAGGACCAUUCAUUAGGAUACCCAGAAAUAUGUGCUCUGUUCUGUAGAUGUGGCCAUUUCCAAACAGUUGGCCCAAAAGCAUUUUGUAAUCAGCCUCUAAGAUAUUUAAAGUCGUAUUUAGAAAAUUUGCACCGAUCUAAUAAUAAAAAAACGUUUCUAAUGUUAGUAUAUAUGAGUCUAAAUAAAAUGAAGAUAAAUGUAGACGACGACAAAAACGACAAGCUUUUUGAAUUACUUGAGUCUUGCAACUGUGAUACCUUUGGAGAGGAGACAAAAUGCAAAACAGAACAAAUGGAAAGUACUGGUACUGAAACAACAGAAGAAACAAGUAAUUUUCAGCAGGGAUUGUCCUCUAAAGAUAAGCCUAAAAAGCAUUGCAAGAGUAAAGAGGAUAUUCCUUCCUUUAUACCAAAGGAGUUUGUAAUAAAAGAAGCGUCUAUUUACAGAUUACAACAUGACGUCAUAAAGAGAAUGACUCUUAUCGUGUAUGGAACCUAUCACUUUGAUAAACUGCUUGAAUUGUUCAAGCCUGAAGAAUUAAAGACAUGGGUUAAAGAAAAAGGCAUGAUACCGGAUGUUGGACUGGGCGACAUAAAACCUGUUUUAGAAAUCGACCGAGAACAAUGGAGACAAUUCCAAGCAAAGCUGAGUUAUUGAAAAAAAAUCAUUAAUGAAUUCAAAAAUUUGGAUAUGAAUGUUAACACCGAAAUUGAUUUGCUCUUUAUUGGUGUCCUGUAGCUGUGAUCGAAUUGGAAUGAAUUCUAAAAAAAAGAAUCAUAAAACUUAGGAAAAUAUUCAUUUCUUGAUACCAAGGAGUAAGAGAUUCAUUUACAGAUAAGCGCGUAAUAAAGAGAGUGGCUGAUAUAUCGUGCUUUCAUGAACUGGAGACAUAUACUGAAUGAAAAGAUCUGGUGGUAUUAGGCCUGUUUUCGAAAUCAAUGGAAAUGAUGGACACUAUAUCAAACGAAGUUUGAAGGAAAUUCUUCAGUUGCGUUGAAAGUUUAAGAGUCUGUCUGUCUAAUCCACAUUAAAAUAUAAGUAUUUCACGGUAGUUUUUCAUUUUUCAAAUCAGACUUGUUGUGGUAUUCAGGAUGACUUGUGGUAAUGAUAUAUCAUGUUUGAAUGAGAGCAUUUAGAACGUCAAAGCGAGCGCUUUUAAAUAAAAAAUUAAACAAUGACGAUUUCGAAUUAAAAAACACACAUUUUUCUCAGAAAUGCUAUUUUGUAUACAGAACAUUUUAUGGCUUUUUUAAGUUUAACAUGAUUUAUCUCCAAGUUAUCUAUAGUUUUAUUUAAAUAUGUGAAUGAGAUAAUUUCAAGUCAACUAGUCUAAGUCAGAGUAAUGCAUUAUACGUUCCAAGGUCAAAAACUGGAUAAAGAUCGUUUACAACAUACGACUCGUAUUUAUGGAAUGAUCUUUCGCAAUGUUUAAAAUGUCACUCAAUUCUAAAACUGUUACGUAUGCUUACCCUAGAGAAUGUUUAAAUUUAACAUCUCAGUAUCAGUCUGUAUUUUACUUUUAUGUAAGUUUAUGUAUAGACUUAUUAUUGGUACACAAUUUAACUUAUGUAUUACAUAUAUACUCUUCUCUCAGAUUUUAAUAUAUGUAUAUUCUGUCAGUGUCUGUGCUGUCUGUGAAGAAGUUUUCAGGACUAUGAUGUAAACUUUUUUGUAAAAUAAUUAUGUUAUCCUGUAUAAAUAAAGGACACUGUUAAUAUAUGAUAACUGAUGUAUUAGUUUCGUGAUAUCUAUAUUUAUGUUUUAUGUCAAAGUGUUAGAGUAUGAAUUACUCAUAUUUGCUUUAGACUUUCAAUGACAUUGCAGUAUUAGACAGUGCGUAGUGUGUGUCGUGCUGUGAUGAAACAACUACGCAUACAGUACAUCGCCACCACUGAAAGCAUGUUAGUUUUUUAUAAUGAAGCAAAUGAUGUGUUGCGAAAUAUUUGUCCAAAAUAAUAUUAAAUCAUUUACAAAUGUACCAUGCAUACAUUCGCUUAGAUGACCUAUCAAUGAGAAAUCAUGUUUGAGGCUACAGAAAAGAGAAUGAGAUUUUUGCUCUUGAUUUAACAUC